GUGUGUGUUUACAAGAAAAUCAAUCAGUUACCUUUUCGAUUUCGAAAAAAAUCAAACAGUUUCGAGAUGGAGGAUAUGAAGAGUUUGAUAAAGACUUCUAAAGAACUGAGGAAAAGGAUAGAGACAAGGAGGGAAAACAAAGAGAUGGCAAAAAUGAGAGAGACGAGUGACGAAAAACUGAUUGAGAAGGACGAAGAUGUGACAAAAGCAGGAGAGUUUAAGGAAAUGCUCGCUAUAGAAAAAACAUGGCAAAUCUGGGAGGAGCUCCUUAAAGAGCAUGACGAAUUUGAGGAGAUUUCAGAGAUACUUGUGAAGCUCGAGAAGAAAUACUAUGAGCUAGAAGAAGUAGAGAAUAGGGAAAAUCUUCAGAUGAAAGAGAAAACUUUGAAACGGAAGUACAAAAGAGAGCUGAAGAAGAGUUCUAAGAUCAAAGAACUAGAGGACCGCAUGAUAAAAGCAGGCCAAAUCAACGAUGAGCACGAAAGAGAGCUGAAGAAGAAGUGUUCUAAGAUAAAAGAACUAGAGGACCGUAUAAGAAAAGAAGGCCAAAUCAACAAUGAGCACGAAAGAGAGCUGAAGAAGAACUGA